UUUUUAAAAUUAGCAGAAACCGUGGAACCAGAAAUGAACAUGUCUGGUUACAUUAAACAGCGUCUGGAGCACAAGAUGGAAUUUUCAUAUACAGGUCAAACUGUUGACAAUCGCACUGGAAACACUAUAGUCAAUAUACAGUGUCCAAGUAAACGCGCCGCUCAACGCCUUGAAGCUGAGCUUAACAGAAGUAACGAUAAAUCAAGCACAAAAGUUUGUUGUUUUUAUUCUAUGAAAGACGCAUGUGAGACAACUAUGACAACGACCGAUGAAAACAAUGUGUUGCUCAAUAGAUAUGUUAGUGAAAUGUGCAAAAGAGCUGAUUCGAUUUUAACAAAGCACACCGCAAAGAUAGAUGAUGUUGUAGACAAGCUGAAGAAACUAAAGAAGUCAACAGACAAAUUCCUUUCAUUAGACGAUUAUUUCGCAGUUGAUCACGAACGACGAGCAUUGAAAGAUAAGCAAGAAGAAAUGGAGCUGCAAAAGAAAGAGUUUCAAAACUUUAUUGCUUCGGCUCAUCAAAAAUUUGUUGAAAUGGAAAACUCACCUGUUUGUGGAAAACUUGCUUUUGAAAAUAUGAAAGAGUUUGGCAUAGAAUGUAAUAGACUUGAGAAAGGUUUACCGAUGUAUGCAAGAAGGUCAGAUAUACUUGAUAUCGUAAAGAAAAACCAAGUAUCGGUCAUCAUCGGAGAAACAGGAUCAGGAAAAAGUACGCAGAUGGCCCAGUACCUCUACCAAAGUGGAUACGGCAACACAGGGAUGAUUGCAUGCACUCAACCGCGUAAAAUAGCCGCCGUCAGUGUUGCUGCACAUGUAGCUCGUGAAAUGAGUUCAAAUGUCGGACAUGUUAUUGGAUAUAAGGUAGGAAUGCAAGAGAAAAAGACGGCUCUCACAAAGGUGUUAUUUAUGACAGAUCAUAUUCUGUUGCAGGAAUGUUUGAAGGACAACAAGCUUUCAAUGUUUUCCUGUAUUAUCAUUGACGAAGCUCACGAAAGAAGUAUAUACACCGAUCUUUUACUCGGUAUGAUCAAAAGCUGCCUUAGCGUACGUGCAGAUCUCCAUGUAGUGAUCACAUCUGCUACCAUUGAUCCAGACGUAUUCGUUCAGUAUUUCAACCAAUGUCCAGUACUAUCUGUGUCAGGAAGAAUGUUUCCAGUAGAGGUCAUUUGGCAAGAACCCGAUACCGGUAAGGAAUCGUUUUCAAAUCACGUAGAGGAAAGUGUCAGGAAAGCAAUUGAUGUUCACUACAAUCAACCAGAAGGGGAUAUCCUCGUAUUUGUUACGUCUCCACUAGAGUCUGAAAAAUGCUGCGAAAAAUACACUGAUUACACAAAAGGUAGACCUCAGAAUUUCGUUUGUUUGCAACUGCACGGAAAACUUCAGGCUGACGAACAGAGGAAGGUGUUCGACUCUCUUUCCGCAGGAAAACGUAAAAUCGUGUUCGCUACCAACAGCGCAGAAACGUCGGUUACCAUCCCCGGAAUCAAGUACGUUAUCGACACUGGCCUGGUUAAGGAAAUGAAGUAUGACGCAAAGCGCAAGAUGAACACGUUAAGCUUGACAACAGUGACGAAAAGUUCAGCUAAUCAACGAAAAGGACGUGCAGGACGAACUGGACCAGGUAUAUGCUAUCGACUUUACAGAGAGGAUGACUAUGACAAAAUGGAAACGAACAUGGUUCCAGAGAUACUGCGAGUUAAUCUGCGUCAGGCAAUGCUGAAACUCGUGGAACUAAACAUUGAUCCACUUGAAUUUGACUUUGUCAUGUCACCAUCUGCAGAGUCAAUGGAGAGUGCAAUGGCAGCUUUAGAAGAUCUUGGUGCGGUUUCCGAAAGGAAAAUCACCGACAUCGGAAAAUGGAUCUCGAAACUUCCACUCGAUCCCAAACUAAGCGUUUUCAUUCACGACUCAUUAGAAAUUGGAGCUGGUCUUGAAGGAGUGGUAAUAGCAGCAGCUUGCAGUGGACCAUCCAUUUUUUUUCGAGCAGGUACUGUUGAGGAAAAGGAACUUUCUGAUCUGAAGAAGAUUCCAUUUUGUCAUGUAGAUGGCGAUAUGUUAACAAAUUUGAAUGUCUUCAGGGAAUGGACCAAACAGCCAGAGAAAGUCAAAGGAAAAUGGUGUUACCAGAACUCUAUCAAUGGAAAAGCAAUCAAAGGAUUACGAGAAACCGUUAAAGAAAUUCUCAUGACACUUACAAGAGAAAUGAAGAUAAAUGUGCCUUUCAAGUUUGCCGAUCCCGCAAAUGUAGACCCUUUGAUGAUUAAACCUCUCUUAAAGGUUUUUAGGGAAAACAUCAGCCACUAUCUUGGUCAUCCUAAAGCAGGUUACGUUCUCGCCAUGAAAGACCAGAGAGUACAAGUUCAUCCAUCAUCAGUUUUGAUAUCUUUGGCAAGUCAGCCAGAGUGGGUUGUCUUCGAUCAAGUUACGAGGACGUCAAGAGACUUUGCAAUGACAAUUACCUCCAUAAGUGAGGAUAUAGUGAAAAGAGGAAUCAGAGAAGGGUUACUUGAUCUUGAUUUAGAAGAAGCCAGGAAAAAACGAAUUAUACCUGUUCACAGAGAAUUUGUUGGUUCAGAAGUGCUGCGGCAAGUUGUUGGACCAAAAUAUACAUAUCUCCGGGCGUUUGAAGACAAACUAGUACAAAAGUGCCAGGGAUCCCUUGUUGUCGUGGAAGCCGACCGUGAUAACGGUGAGCUGAAAAUAUUCGCAAACUCGUCAAGUAAAGAAGCCCUAGAAGGUUCGUUAGAAAGCGUUCUUAAUCCGAUCAAGAGUAAUUUUCUGACCGAGGAAAGAGAGGAGAAAUUAGGAUUGAAGUCAGUAGACAGAUCUGUUAGAGCUCUGAUAGAGGCGGGAGGAUGUACGAAGACUAUAUUUAUGCCUGAUGAAUACAAAGUCGUAAUGAUACAUUGUGCCGUUAAUAAAAAACAAGAAUUGGAAUAUGAGGAUGUAUUUCAACACUUUAACAAAUUUGGAAAAAUCAAGGAAUGCAAAAUGUACCACCACAAGAAGAAAGCGCCGUCAUUGUGGGGUCAAGUAACCUACCAAAGAACUGGAGAUGCUGUAAAAGCUGUUGAAGAGACUCGAGGAAACCCAGAUCUUUCUGCACGACCAAACAUACGAAUGUCAAGUGAAAACUCAGAGAAGCUCAAAGUUCGAAUGCAGUGGUGUCGUAGAGUUUCUCGGGGAUUCGGUUUCGUCACAUUUGCUAGUUUUUUAGAUGCCGACAAAGCUAUUCGUCAACAUGAAAUUCAGAUUGGGAGUUCAGUAGCAAGGAUAAGCCAUCCCAAAGGUACAGAAGACCAACAAGACGAUAGUAAAGUGUUCGUCUCUCGGCUGAGCAAAAUGGUUAAUGAAGACGUUUUGCGCGAAAGAUUGGCAGACUCCUGUGAUAUUGAUCCUGAUACAGAUAUCACACGAGUGACCGUUGUGAGGGAAAAGGUACAGUUGGAAAGUAAAGACAUGCUAGACACGCUUAAGAGGCGACUGUGUGUUGAAAUUGAAAGGUAUGUCCCUCCUUGCACAUACAAGCUUGAGCUAAAGCCACUUAGAGCAACUGACAUCAACUUUACUGCAUUUGUUACGUUCGACAGUCCUGAAGAUGGUGAAGGUGUGUGUCGCGAAAUGGAUCAUUCAUUUAUUAUUAAUGGUCAGGUUGUCUCUGCAAAACCAAUUCUAAAUUGCUCCUUGUACAUCACUAAAGGAAUUUACGAAAAGAGUACCGGCGCAGUCGAAAAGUGCGUCAUCGACCUGGAAGAGGACGGAGUUCGGGUGAAAAUUAAAACCCUUCGAAACGAGAACUUAGUUGUUGACAUCAACACAGACGACGUGGAAACACUUGUAAGGGCGAGACGAUCUUUCCACGACAUUAUUAGAGGAGAGGUGAUCGAAUGCUCCGAGUCAAAUUCUCUGAAACAAUUGUUCACUUGGGAAGGAAAAAACGAGUUAAAGAAGAUAAUGAAUCAAACAGAAACACUUAUCCUUGCAGACGUUAGGGUAAUGUCUGUCUCCAUUCACGGACUCCAGCAAAACCGACAAAAAGCAAAGCAGAAAAUUGACGAUUUUUUAGUUCGACUUUCAACGGGCAAUUCUGAAGUGAUAAACUUAAAAGGGGAAGAGAGACCACCUGGAGUUUUAAAGGAACUUUUCUUGAAAUAUAACAUUGAUAUGUCAGGAUUGUGUAAAGAGACCGGCGUGGUUGCUGUGCGAGUGGAUUUGAGAAACCAUAGAUUGACACUACACGGAGAGGAUGAUGCUCUGAACAAGGCAAAGGAAACAAUUACAGAUAUUAUUGAAAAAUUAUCGCCUGAUGGUCUGAAACAACCUGAUGAACCAGAAUGUGUCACUUGUUUUUGUCCAGUCAAGCAACAGGAUUUAUACCGUGUGGAAUGCUGUGGUCAUCCUUAUUGCAAGGAAUGUGUUAAGGUUCAAAUUCAAACCUCCAUUACCAACAGAGAAUUUCCAAUUAAGUGUGAAAUGGAAGAUUGCACAACUCUUUUUACUUGGCAUGACAUUAUUAACCUAUCAAAAAUGGGGUUCCUUAACAUCUCUGAAUUAACUGAUGCGUCAGUCAGUAACUUCAUUCAAGGAAAUAAGAAGGAUUUCCGCUUUUGUUUAACACCCGACUGUCCCGUUGUUUACAGGGUUACAGAGACUGGAAAGGCAUUCAUCUGCCCAGAAUGUGACAUCAAAAUCUGCACAAACUGCCAUGUGCAGUUCCAUGAUGGCAUAACAUGUGCCAUGUUCAAAUUAGAAGAAAACGAAGAUCCAAGCGUGAGAAGGUGGAUUGCAAGCAAUAAAGAGAACAGAAAAAGAUGUCCAAACUGUACCAUGCCAAUAGAAAAGAACGGUGGAUGCAACCAUAUGACCUGUUUGUCUUGUAAAAAGCAUAUUUGUUGGUUGUGUCUGGAAUAUUUCGACGGGAGUGGCGCAUGCUAUGGACAUCUUGCUAACGCACACGGUAGUUUCAUGUAAGGAAUUAAUCUAAUGGUGGCGAAUUCGCACAAAUAUACGUGCAAGGAACCCAUAAUUUAAAUAGAUGUGAAGAUGGUUAAUCUGAUAUAAACGUGUGUACCAGAUAGUCGUUGACAGGACACUUGAAAAUAUUCAGCAAAGGAAAGACACAUAUCAGGUCAACUCUGUCUGAACUUCUAUUAAAAACUUAUCUAAAAUAAGUAAAAUGUGUUUAUGUUUAAAGAAGAUUUAUAGACUUUUAAAAAGUAGAAUGUAUUAUCAAUAAUGUGUCAUACACUGUACUAGCAUGGCUAAUACUUCGGCUAGUUAUUCUCUACCAUCUUUUCAAUGUGAAAUGUCAUCCCUUUAAUGGAUAACAAAUUCUACAAGUACAUGUACUGUAGACGUACAUAUUUUAUCAUUAAUUUUAUUCCGGUGCUAUGUGCACUAAAGUAUUAUUACGGUGAAAUAUGACCACGCAAAAUUCUCUGUGUUGCAUUAUAUAACAAUUAUUGUAAAUACGCAAAUUCAUCAUCGAGCCAAUUUCCUAAAACUUGCUAAUGCGCUAAAACUUGAAAUGGUUUUAUUGUGCAUUUAAUUAUUGUUUGAUUGAAUAAUUCAGAAUAAGUCUUAAUGUCGAGCUUUACAUUAAGGUUUGUUUACAAGUUCUUCGCACAAUAACCUUUUGGCGUCCACACUAGAUGGUCGCUGACGCUUUGGUAUUAUUAACUAUUUCCACAGCAUGAUCAUUAUUUGAAGAAGAAAAAUGGUGCCAUGUUUAUGUUUCACAUAUCGGUACCCAGUGUGAAUUGUUUGGCGUUCAAAAUAGCAGAUACCGUAAUGUGUGCAUUGUUUUCAUUCCAAAAUACACGCGAUGUUGUCAUUGUUUCUUUCACAGUUGUUGCUAUUUCUGGCACAUCUUAAAUAAAUAACGCUAUCCCUAGAAAUGAAAUUUUCAUAAGCGGAUAUCGGUAAUAAGUUGUUUUUUCUAUCAAAUACUGGUUUGUUAAAUUCUUCAUCUAUAUUGAUUUACAGAGUCGGUAAACCCAGUCUCGUACCGUUCUUAUGUUUAUAAUUUAGCAAACUACAGUAUAUUUAUCAAUAUGCGUGUUAUCUCAAUGUAGAAUUUAUCAAGAGGUUGAAUUAAGCUAUCGGCGGCCACUGAUUUCGCUUAAGUAUUUGAUAAAUGACAUGUGUUGUGAUUAGAUAUGAUACAUGUAUGUUGGGCACCCUACUGUGAUAGAUCUAUUCUGAAAAAAAUGAAGUUGUGUAUGAAUCGAUACCAUGUUGGUAUCCCAGUUUAAUAUAUAUUUAUAAAGUGGUUAGUUAGCUCAACAUAGAAAGUAUGCGAACAUAUCAGUCAAGUGUUGUUUACUGUAAUUUCAAGCAAAGGUAUACACAUGUGAAUAUGUUACAUUAUAAUUUUUAUAAUGUUACAGUGUAUGUAGCUUUAUACAUUAUGUAGCAGCUGUAGGUUGAACUAUUGGGUGGUUGUUUUUAUGGAAAUACCAGUUUCGCUUAUUUGUAAGGAAUAAAUGUUAUGUUGAAUAUCUGAUGAAUGUAAAAUUGACAUACACAUUUCUGUAGUGUUUGAAUCAGUAGUUUUACACUGCGUCAUAUUUGUUUUGUAUGAGCUUAAAAAAGUUCGUUUUAUUGGAAAAACGUGCCAAAAGAUAUAUCAUCGGGCACUUUGGCUGGCGAAUUUACACGCGUAAAAUCCCCAUAAUAACCGGCUUUAUGACUAUUCGGUAUGGUAUUUAUAUAUCUGCUUGUUUAUGUCACCUUAUGUUAAGCUUUAAAUGAACUUCACCCAGGACUAGUUAGCCCAAGGUUAGGACAAUGUUAGCGAGUGUGACGUCACGCUGGCAUGUCUAGACAGAGGUAUUCCAGUUUACUUGCACAAGUAAUGCGUCCUUGAAUUACCCCCAUCAUCCUUGGACACGGAUGACUGAUGAUUGAAGAUGUGAGGUUGUGAGGAUGAUAACCUCAAGCGUUCGAUCUAAUCGUUCACCGUGAUAUACUUCUAUAAUGUAUUGACUUUUAAUACCCUCAUUCAGGUUUUUUUUAUGUGUACUCACUAAAAAUGUUUAUAUCAUUUGAAUUAAAUUUGAAUAUCUGUUACUGAUACACACACAGACUGUUCUUGUUUAACUGUCAGUAUUAAACAUUCUUUGUCCAAAUUGCUUUGAUAUAGCAUGCGGCGGACCUCCUGUAUAUAUAUAUACGUGCUAUAGCCACCAACUACUACAAGGAGACCUCACUUCGAAAUCACCCUUGUUGAUUACGUGCGAUAUUGGGAAAAAAUAAGAAAUAAAUACGUUUUAUUAUCAACAUCGCUCUGCGUCUGUGGUCCGUCCGUCCGUAAAUAAUUUUUGUUAUUGCUAUUUCUUGAGAAGUACUGUAUGGAUCUUUUUCAAAUUGCAUAUGUAGGUUUCUCUUGAUCCCUAGCUGUGCCCAUUUAAUUUUAUGGACUGAUCAAAUAAACAAUAUGGCUGAAGGCGGCCAUCUUGGAUUUUUUCAAUGAAGUUUGUUAUCGCUGUUUCAUGAAAAGUACUUUUUCUUAAAAUUUAUAUCUAGGAUCCUUUUGGUCCUAGAUGUGCCGGUUUGAUUUUGAGUCUGAUCAGAAAAACAAAAUGACCGACUGAGGGCCAUCUUGGAUUUAUUAUCCCUAUUUUUUAAGAAGUACUAAAUGGAUAUCUCUCAAAUUCAUUUGAUUUCGAGACUCAUCAGAAGAAACAUAAUUACUUCCAGGCGGCCAUUUUGGAUUUGGCAGGUAAUGAUUAUCAUCGCGAUUUCUGCAAAUGAAUGUUCAAAUGUCUUAUCAUUAAGAGCGAAAACAGAGAAAGGAAGGGAAAAUCCAUCUUCCAGAGGGCAAAUAUAGAUCAAACAAUGGUGGGCGCCAAGAUCCUUCUAGGAUCUCUUGUAAAAUGUUGUUGUUCUUCUGAUAGUUUUUUUAUGGGUUAAUGACGUUAAGCUGUAACAUUUGUUGUUGCAAAGACAGACUUUAAAAGUCAAUUACACUGAUUUCGGACAGUAGAUGUAAAAUAUGCUGCUUGGCACAGCAGGUCUGGAGUUAAAAUCUUCAUCUUAUAAUUCUAUUUUGUUUGCUGUUAAUGAAAAGACACUUCAUCAUUUAUUUGCAGAAAUGCUCGGCACAUAAAUAAAAUUGAUAUAUUUGAAAGUUGUGCGUUUGGGGAAAGUUUUUCACCUAGAAACCUCGUAAGGUUCUAUGAUUGAUAUCAUAAUUAUUACUGAUUAUUUUCUGUAUUAAUUUGUUUUUCUUCAUGUUGGAUAGUGAAUGGAUAUUUAAUCCAACUCUUUACAAUUUCAUUGAUGAGUUAUUUGAAAUCGUUUGCUAAAUGUAUAUGCCUAAUAUGACGCAGUUCUGAU